GACCUUUGCAGAAAACACUGCGAAGAAAUUAAGUAACCUUUGUCCACUUAAAGAGAGUUAAAGGAGCUGGUUCCCCUCCUUCCUCAUUCGCGCGCUCGACAUUUUGUUGGCAGUUGUGAUUUUUGCUCGUGCCCCUCUCCACAAAAUAGGAGACACGUUCAUUCUUAUAUCAGUUUAGGAGUUUUAAUAUCCAGCGCUUUGGUUGGAUAAGAAUUUUUUGUUUUGUUUUGUUUUUGAUUCGGAUUUCCUGUUCCUCUGUUGCAAAACCGCAUUGAUCAUCGAGUGUGGACACUAGUUUUUAAUUUCGGCCUGUUCUGCGCCUCCAAAAAAUAAACAGAAUGUCGUCUUUACCGGGAUCAGUACCUCGGAUGAUGAGGCCAGCACCAGGACAAAACUAUCCCCGCACCGGCUUCCCAUUAGAAGUGUCCACUCCUUUGGGUCAAGGGCGUGUGAAUCAGCUUGGCGGGGUUUUUAUUAACGGCAGGCCUUUGCCUAACCAUAUCCGACAUAAGAUAGUGGAAAUGGCGCAUCACGGAAUCCGGCCUUGCGUGAUCUCGCGCCAGUUGCGGGUCUCCCACGGCUGCGUGUCCAAAAUCCUGUGCAGGUAUCAGGAGACAGGAUCCAUCCGCCCUGGGGCUAUAGGGGGGAGUAAACCCAGGCAGGUGGCAACGCCGGACGUGGAGAAGAGAAUCGAGGAGUACAAACGCGAGAAUCCGGGAAUGUUCAGCUGGGAAAUACGCGACAAACUGUUGAAGGACGGAGUGUGUGAUAGAAGCACAGUUCCUUCAGGUGAGGCCUCACCUGUGAGCUCAAUUAGCCGAGUGCUUCGCGCCAGAUUUGGCAGGAAGGAAGAUGAAGACGAAUGUGAUAAAAAAGAUGACAGUGGGGAGAAGAAAACAAAACACAGCAUUGAUGGAAUACUCGGUGAAAAAGGGAGUCGUGUAGAUGACGGCUCAGACGUGGACUCGGAGCCGGACCUGCCUCUGAAGAGGAAGCAGAGACGCAGCAGAACCACGUUUACUGCUGAGCAGCUGGAGGAGCUGGAGAAGGCCUUCGAAAGGACACACUACCCCGACAUCUACACCCGGGAGGAGCUGGCUCAGAGGACUAAACUCACUGAGGCUCGAGUACAGGUGUGGUUCAGCAAUAGACGAGCCAGAUGGCGCAAACAAGCCGGAGCCAAUCAGCUCGCCGCAUUCAACCACCUGUUACCAGGAGGUUUUCCAGCAACAGGCAUGCCAACUCUGCCAACAUACCAGCUCCCUGAGCCCAGCUACCCCGCUACCACACUAUCACAGGAUGGCAGUAGCACAGUGCACCGACCGCAGCCUUUGCCCCCCUCCACCAUGCAUCAGGGCAGCCUCUCCAGUGACAGCAGCUCCGCCUACGGCCUCUCGUCCAAUCGGCACAGCUUUUCCAGCUACACUGACACUUUCAUGAGCCAGUCAGCAUCCAGCAACCCCAUGAACACCGUCAACAAUGGCCUCUCUCCACAGGUUAUGAGCAUCCUGAGCAACCCAAGCGCCUUGGCUCCUCAGCCGCAGCACGACUUCUCCAUCUCACCCUUGCACAGUGGGCUCGAGGCUUCCAACCCUAUCUCAGGAAGCUGCAGUCAACGCUCAGAGCCCAUCAAGACAGCAGAAAGCCUGACUUCAUCUCAGUCCUACUGCCCUCCCACCUACAGCUCCACCAGCUACAAUGUGGACCCCGUCACAGCCGGCUACCAGUACAGCCAGUACGGCCAGACUGUCAGGCUAAGCGUCUGCAGUAAGGACAGUUGGCCCACCCACAGCUGCUGUAGACUACCUGGCCAAGAACGUCAGCUUGUCCACACAAAGGAGGAUGAAGCUCGGGGAGCACUCGGCCGUCUUGGGACUGCUACAAGUGGAGACGGGCCAAGCCUAUUGACAAACUCGUCGUCUGGAACAUCACUUCUCUCUUUCACCAGCAUCCCUCCAUCCACUGUGCUGUGCAAGAGAAAAGAGAAGUAGCAAAAUUCAUAGACAGCCUUAGAUCCCUAACCUACGGCUGAGUGAAUGCAAAAGCCAUUUAAUAGACAGACACUAUAGUGCCGCUUCUCGACUCUCUUCCUCGUCCGUCCCAUUUCUCGUCCCCCACUGACCAUUUCCACAAAGAGACUCUUUCAGGAUUUCUGAGGAGAAAGCAAGCGUCACAGCAGUCAAUGUUAACACACAGGCCACGGUCCCACUCGGACAUGGUUUGGACCACAUUAAUGUUUAAUAGGAUUUAAAAUGAUGGUAUUACAUUUAUAUUUGAUAUAAUGAUUGUGGUUGUUUCUAUUACUGUUGCAGUUAUUAUUGUUAGAAUGUUUUGUUUACAUCUUAUAUUUGUCUUUUUUUGAUUUCUCAGCCACUUUUUUAUCGCACCCAUACACAGAGAGGUGGGCAGCAGUUCAGCUUGCCCUCGGUGCAGGUCAUUUGACCUUUUAAUCUAAGUUUGACGCUCAGAGAGAUUUGGGACUGUCAGUGGGGUGUCUGGCUCAGUGGAGCAUUCUGGGUGGGUCUGGUCAAUAAGCACACCUAGAGUUUCCAAUCCUUGCCCCUUUGUUCCCACAUGGAUUAUCCACUGGGAAAAGCCACAACAGUUGGAAAUGAAAACAGUCCUGAAGUGACCCCUUGAUCUACACCAUGGGCAAGUUUCAGAGAGAGACAGUUAUCAGUAUUAUUUGUGGUAUUUUCCUAUGGAAUAAGGUAACAUUGCAUUCCUGAAGUAUUAAACCAAGGUUAUUAGUGAAAGAUCAGGCCAUUUCACUGAAGUAUUAUCACUAUGGUCUUAUAGUCACUAUGGUUUCUUUCUUCUUUUUUUUUUUUUAAAGCUGUCUCUAUCACUAAAAGGUGCUACAUUCCCGAACAUCUCAUGGGACCCAGUGUUUUUAAUAUCUACAGUGUAUUACUUAGCAUUCCCCACGUCUUGCACUUUUUCUUCCUUUCUUUUUGUUGUAUGCAGUGUUCAUACUUCACCAAUUAAAUGAUUACCUCACAAUUUUUUUUUAAAUGCUGUCAUAAUGUUCUAACAGCCUUUUGCUGAGGCAUUCUAGUAGACCAUAUUCCAUCAGUCUGAGCUACAGUAAUGUCAGAGCACUUGCUGAUUGGUCACUGUAAAGUAUUUAGGCUUUUAUACAGCAUGGAUUUGUUGUGGGUGAAGUGACCAGAAGUUCCAAUGCAUAAAUUUUACUAUAAUGGAUUCUGUUUCUCCUCUUCUGAAAAUUUCUUGUUUCAACUGCAUCAAGUAUGUAAUGUAAAGAAUGUAAAGAAAGUCAUUUUUGCUUCAUAUAAAUAAUUAGUGGUUUUGAAUUUACUGUGCCCUUCUUAAUGGGAGUGUCUUAUUCUUCACAAAUCAUUCCAUUAACAAGAAGACCUCUAAAUACAUGGUGAGCCAAGAACAAUGUUUCUCUACUGUCCAGGACCUAUGUUCAUUCCUAUCUUGUUUGGCUUCCCAUUCCACAUGUUUGGAGGUAUAGCUCAUUUGGUCAGAACAUCACAAUGAGGCUAAAUGACAGAGGCGUUGGUUUUCUAGAACCGAUUUAAUAGGAGUCAGAAAGUGAGGAUAGAUGGCAGGACAAACAGGAAACAGGACACACCCACUCAGGCACGGGACCAUGUGCCAUUAAGGACUGAUAACAUUGCAUUUAACGCUUCAGAUAUUUUGUUAAGAAAAAAGAAAAAAAAAUAUAAAGGAGGAGUGUAAAAAGUUUUUAGUGUGUAGUAUUCAUUUCUAACACAGUCUACCUUUUGGAUAUUUAAAGCACUAUUUGAGUUCCAAAAUGAUUUCCUAGCUUCAGUUUUUCCCCAUCGACAUUCCUAUAUAGUUCUUUCUUAAGCGACCGUAAUUUGCUUUAUCUUUCUGUUCAGCAUGUAUGUAUAUUAUCAUGGCAUAAUUUAUUCUGCUGUAUGAAACAAUAGCAUAAUGGGAACUUGUACUGGUUUUCCUACAUUCAGCCUGUUGGUGUCUUUA